AUGGCUUGCUUCCUCGAGUGGAACCCGUGGGAGUCGGAUCGCGUCAUGGGACUGAACCACCAGAUGUCCUCUCUCUCUUGCGCUCUCGGCGAGGCCUUCUUCCUCAACCGAACGCUCCUCGUCCCACACCGAAUCUGCCUCGACGCCAAGCACGAGGCACGGCAGCGCGGACUGCGGAGACAGAUCGACGAGAGCUGCACGGCGCGUGGCAUCCGCGCCUUCUCCGUGCCGACGAGCGAGUUAAUCGACCUCGACUUGCUCGGGCGCGUCGUCUCGAUUGCACAGACCGCACUCCCGCGCCGAGCCGGCGUGAGUGGAGGAUCCAUCCCAGCUCCCGAGUCGGCGGUGGACAUCGACAGGUCUUGGAAGAGCGAUCGCGUGGCCGCCAGCUUGCCGUGCUCGGCCGGCACGCGGCUUGUGCGGCGUCGCGUCUCUGGCUUCUGGUUUCGGCCCUGCGGGUACGGCAUCACAGACACGCGGGCGCUGAUGGCAGCGCUGCUGGGCGCCGUCGGCGCUCGCAGCAAGAAUCUUGCCUCGGCGCGAGUGCUGCCACACCUGCUCCGAAGUGGCCUCUUCUACAGCCGUGCGAUCAAGCGAGCCGCUCGCGCAGUGCGCCGCAGCAUUGGCAGCGCCCCUCCGCCUCGCCGGCUCGCUCGCGCCUCGCGCGCCUCACGCAGACCGCACCGCGAGUUAGGCGGGCCGUUCGCCUCUCUGCACCUGCGGCGCGGCGACAAGUUUUCGUCCGGAUGCGAGCGAGCCCAGUUUUCGCUCGAGGAGUGCGCCUUCAUGGACGAGCACACGCGGCCGGAAAAGCUGCUGAGCGCGCUGCGGCUCUGGCUCCCGCCGGGCACGCGCCUCUUGAUCGGCUCGACGGAGCCGGCCGCCUUUUUCGCGCCGCUGAGGAGCACGUACACACUCCACUUUGUGGACGACUUUCGGUCGGCCUGCUCCGACCUCGCCGCGAUCACAACGAACUACGCCCUCUACGCUGUCGAGACGCUCCUCUUCUUCGCCUCGACCGCCCACGCGCGCGCCUUGUAG